UUUCCUCGUGAGUUGUUUACGUUUUGAUUGUGGGCGUGUUUACUUCGCGUCCCGAUAACGUUUACUUUCGAACCACAACAAUGGAUUCGGAAGACAACCAAAAAUCGAAACCGUUUAAAAUUUGUAACAAUUCGCGGGAAAUUCGCAAGGGAAUCGUGGCCUCGUCCCUCGACGACUUAACCUCGAAAGUGCAAGAAAAACUGGAACUGGUAAACGACAACAAUUUUACAGUGGUUCUGGAAGCGGACGGUACCGAAAUAGACGACGAGGAGUACUUCGCAACGUUGGAACCAAAUACGAGCCUCAUGGUGCUGGCAGAUAAUCAAAAGUGGUCGCCCCCGUAUCCGAAAUGCGAUUUUAGCAGGGACCAAGUGGACGACGCUAGAGGUGGUGAAUUAGCGGGAUUAGUGGGACGACUUAAAACUAAUCUGUGCCAUUUAUCUUUGCUGGGCGGUCCAGAACUGGAAUUGUUAAGCGACAUGGAUCCGGACUCGUUAGCCGAUCUCACCUAUCCCGAUAAGAUCUUCUUGGACCAGUUAAAGGAGGCCUCGGGGAGGUUUUUGUCCGAGAAGAGGCAGGCUCAAGACGCCAUGGACCUGUUAAGACUGUACCAAGAGAAAGAGGCGGCGGAGUCUGAAGCGAACUAGGGAUUGAUGAUGGAAAUGAUCGGAAUUUUGUAUAUAACCCCUUUUUUAAUGUGGUUUUACAAGCAACAGAAGAAGAAUAAUUAAAAUAAAAUCCACAACACAAUAAGACUGAAGAAUUGCCAAUAAGCAACCGACACGGCAUCAAAACAUUGCUCAAUCGCCAAUAUGACUUUUAACACGCGCAUCACGAAGAAAGAGUACUACUAAUUCGCCGAAAUGAUUUCCAAGUCACCAAGAGAGUUAUUUGCAUCAUCUUCGUCACCUUGUUUAAUGGAACACCCGUCUUGGUAUUUACAAUUAAUCGAAAUUUAUGAUUGUGUACGAUCUAACUUUAAUUUCCGCUUCAAAUCUUGUUAUUCGGUUAUACUCCCCAGUACAAAAUUCCGCCACCCCAAAAUUUUGACUAAGUUUGAUGUUACAUAACUUUUGAAAUUCUAACCCGAUUUUUAUGAUUAUGGUAUUAGCUUGUAGAUAAAUUUAUUGGCAUUAUUUUUUAUUAUUUUAAUAGCAUAUAUUCAUCGGUUAGGUGGAUUUAUACCGGGGUAAACCAAUACGUUGUUUUUUACAAUAAAUUCAAAACAUCCUGUGGAAAAAAUGAGACGGACGACAUUUUGGAUAAAAAAACACUUUCCCGUAAUCUUAGAUGUAUUCCUAACAUUUCAUUGUUUGAAUUAUCCUAUUAUCUCUAUUCUUUAUGAGCUGCACAUUUUUAAAUAAAGUACUGAUAUUUUUACAAUCUCGUAUUUGUUGAAAAUGGAGCUCUCAAUGCCUACCGUUAUAUUGAGGAUGUCCUCUAAGAAAUUGUAGUUUCCAUUUGCUCGUUUCAUUGAAAAUCAGUUUAUACUAAGGCAUGAGAAUGCCGGGCCCCAUGUUGCGCGGGGUAACGUGUUAGGAGUACGAGUACUUAACGAGUACCUGGAUGAGGUUGGACUACGAAAACCGGAAUGGCCUCCUUGUAGGAAUCUCAAUCCAAUCGAACAGUUGUGCGAUGAAUUUAAAAGAGCUCUUCGUCGUCGUUCUAUUCCACUAUAAACUUUACAAGAGCUAUGGCUAGCAUUAACGGAGAUUCCUUAGCUCUUGUAAAGGAUUUUCUUAAUCUAUAGCUUGAUAUUAAUCAAUCUAUAGAUCAAGGAAGAAUAACUACUCUUAUUCAUUCGUUACGACGAAGACCUCGAGCUGUUAUUGCUGCGAGAGGUGAACAUACACGGGAUAUAGGUGGAGAUUUAUAAAAUUAUUGUUUUUGUCAUUAAAAGAAUCUCUGAAAUCAAUACUUUACUUAAAAAUGUGUACCUCAUAAAAGAACAGAGAUAAUGGGAUAAUUCAAAAAAUAAAGUGUUAGGAAUACAUCUAAGAUUACAGGAAAGUGUUUUCUAUCCAAAAUGCCCAUCUCAUUUUUUCCCCAGGGUGUUUUGAAUUUAUUGCAAAAAACAACGUAUUGGUUUACCCCGGUAUAAAUCCACCUAACCGAUGAAUAUAUGCUAUUAAAAUAAUAAAAAAUAA